GAAGAGGCGCCUGACAGCGUCAACAAAGAACAGCUGACAGAUAAAUACGACUGAUAGAUCUUCUUAUCUGCCGUAAGACAGCGAUGUUGUUGUGUAAUCGGUGCUCCCCUUAGUGCGUAAUUUAAGCUUAUUAUAGGUUGGACAAUAUGUCUGAAGAAAGUUGGUCAGAUACUUUAGGAUGGGCCUUUGGCCAAGCUUCAGCUUUGGCCAUGAUGUUUGGAGGAGUGGCGCCAUAUAUUCCCCAGUACCUAGAUAUAAAGCGUUCUGAAAAUACCGAAGGGUUCUCCCUUUAUGUGUGCCUGGUCCUCUUAAUUGCGAACACACUGCGAAUCUUGUUUUGGUUUGGUCAUUGGUUUGAACUACCAUUACUUUUCCAAAGCAUCAUUAUGAAUAUAACAAUGUUUAUGCUUAUAAAACUUUGUGUAGCGAUCAAGAAUAGAGGCCAAAUUGUUCAUAAUAAAGAACAUGUUUUUACAGAUUUUGACUAUGACUAUUUCUGGGAAUGGACUGAUGUUCAGUCCUAUAUAGAAUUCAUGCUGACAUUCACUACUUUUGGAUGUCUACUCAUGUUCAUUUUUAUUGAUACGUCCAUAUUUGUGGAGACUGUAGGAUUCAUAUCAGUCUUGACAGAGGCCUUACUAGCUGUUCCGCAGUUUUAUAAGAAUUUUAUAUCGAAGUCAACAUUUGGCAUGAGCCGCAAGAUGGUGUUGAUGUGGCUAAUGGGUGACACCUUCAAGACAAUCUAUUUCUGGCAGCGUUCAGCUCCUCUCCAGUUCUUUGUGUGUGGUUGCCUUCAAAUAGGUAUAGAUAUUGCUGUGCUAUUCCAGUGUUUGCUGUACAGAAAAAAAAAGUCGCAUCUAAUAAACUGAGGGACUGAAUUUAUUGUGUGGUUAUUAGGAACAGUAAUUUUAUUAAUUUAUCUUCAAGAAUUUUGUCAUAAUAAUAGUGUAAGUCUUAUCAAAGUUAUAAGACAGUUUCUCCUAUACAUUUUCAACCGAAGAAGCAUGUUCAUGUGUGCUGUUGUAACAAUCCUUGCCAUUCAUAAUGACUUUUUGCACAAUUAUGGUAGAUCUUGUUUUAGAGCAAUGGGGCUAAUUGUUUCUUAUUUUUAUAUGAUGCCAUGUCUAGCACUUGGGGAUUACAAUGCUGCUAGAUUUAAGAUUUUCUGGGAGGCUGAUUAUUUUAGACGAGUGUUUUUAAAAGUUUUUGUAGCUCUACCAUGAUUCUUUUUUCUUCAGAGAAGUUAAUUGUUACCUUCCCUUCUAAAAAGAAGUUCCUUUUCUUUGAUAGUGCCAUGGUCUUGACUGGUGCUGUACUGUUUCUGAUGCUUCCUGGCCAGAAUUAUGUUGCAACUUGCAACCUUGGAAAUUAUUUGAUAGGAUUUUUUCAGAUUUUUUUUAUAAACAUAUUACACAGUAUAUUCCAAAUAUCACCUACGCACAAAAGAUAUUGUAGAAUUGCAAGUUGAAUUUUAUCGUUAUUUAAAUAUAACAUUUUAAAUAAGAUGACCGUUGCAUAUACAGGUGUUUGGAGUGAAUUGAUAAUUAGAAUUUUGUUGGCAACUACAUACCGGCUUCCAGGGUACUUCAUGGUGUUUUGUGAAUGUUCAAUUUCACAAGUUGGUGCAAUAAGUAACUACAGAGAGAACAGCUUACUAGGUUUGUUCCUUCUUUCCAAGAGAUUUCUUAUACCAUGCAGUUUUCAGUGCUUUGUACUUGAUCUCAAUUUUACACUUGAACAACCAUUCUUUUUCAAUGUAAGCAUUUUUGCACGGUGAAAUAACUCAUUAUAAAGUUCUCCAUGGCUGUAUAUUUCAAAACGUCUUUUAAAAAUGCUGGUUUGCCCUCAGGAAGGCUGUUUAAAACCAAAGAAAAGCUCACAGGGUGUUAGGCAAUAUUUCUUCCCAAAAUGUGAUCCAUAACAGGUCUCGUCAGAUACAUGCAUAACUUAUUUGCUUUAGGUAAGUAAAAUAUGUUAUCAUAUAAAGCCACUUCAUUUUGAUCACUUGCAGGAAUUAUUUUAAUAAAAUGUUAAACAUUCUGGAGAAGACUGUUUUCCAGGAAGGAAACAGUUCAUGGUAAACUGUAUAUAUAAAUAUAUAUAGUAUUGGUUGCUUUCAGUAGAUUAUUUUAUGUGAAGUAAAUUUGAUACUUUUUUAAGGUGCUGGUUUUUUUUUAUAAAAAAGGAUACAAAUUAUAGGUUGUUUUUGCAUUAAUAUAAUCAGUGAAGGUUGCAAUGUUUUUAUAGAAAGUUAAUGAUUGCAGUAGACCCUUGACAUUUGUGAGGAAUUCAUUCACAUCACAACAAAAUUGCUCAUGUUCCCUGUAAUGCAAUUAGUGGUUUUUUUUUCUGUAUAGUUUUGAAAAUUUAUGGGCUAUUUUGUGUGGUUUUCAUACACACAUAUAUCUUUUCUUUGUGUGUUCAAUGAAAAUUGUAAGAAAUCAUUAGUGGCACAGUAUUUAUUUGAUAUUUUUUUAUACAAAAUACAAUGAAACUGAAAUAGCCGAUUUUGCUUUCAUUAGCCGUCAGGUAAACAGAAGCUCAUCUUGCAGACUUACUUACUGCUGAAAUGGUGUAAAAGUUUUGCUUCAUUAUAAAACAUUUUCAGUUCCUUCACUGGCAGGUCAUUUCAGUUGACUUGGCUCUUUCAUUGGGUGAUUGUAAGUAAGGAUUAAGUAAUAACUUUAAAAGUUGGAAAGAAUUGAAGUUGUUUGGUAAAUUGUAGACUUUACAACUAGAUAUUCUUAACACAUAUCUAUUUAAUAUUCUAAAGUGAUACAAAACUGUAAUAUAUACAAUGGUGCUUUAUAUGUAAUGCUACAAAUUUUGAUUGAUUGUGUUUUGUAUUUUCUCAAAUAGUCUUUUAGAACAUCAGGUACAAUAUACUGUAGUAGUUUAUAUCUCUUUUGAACAAAUAUAUGUUAUUUUUAAACAUUAACCUGAAUUUGCUUUGUAUUUUACAUUGAAUUGCAUACAUUGUGAACAUCAUGUAGAAAAACCUUACACAUGCAUUCUCCAAGCACAGUAAUCUCUCAUUUACUUACAAUGUGCCUCAGACUGUACCUAUUUCAGUCUGAAUGAGUGUAUGUGCUUAGCCACACUACUGUAACUGCAAAUAUAAGCACACUUUGUGUGGACAGAUGUGCAGAGACAAGCUCAAACUGUCUGGAUGGGAUCACACAAAGUAUCUUUGUUCAGCCAUUCAAAUUAGCCAAACACAUGCAUUAAAAACAGAACCUGUAGAAAAUGUAAAUAACUGAGGAACUGCACUUACACUGUGCACUGCCAUUCAGUUUUUCUGGUUGUAGUGGUCAUUAUGUCAUUAUUGUAUUGUUGCUGGCACAUACACAGCAUUCAUUAUGCAUAUAUAUGUACAUACACAUUAUACAUAUUACCUUCAAAUUUCUUGCAUUUGGUGACAAGUUCCUUGAUUGUGAAUAUAUACUUUGGGUUGGUAGGCUAAUGUUACAAGGUCAUGAGUGAGACAUUUUGCUUGCAGAAGUGUUGUAUUUCUUGGUUGUUUCCUAUUAAAUGUAAACCUAUUAUAGAAUUAUAAAAAGAUAAUGUUUUCAAUUCUUAUUUCUUGUGAUUCUAUGACAUUUUUUCAGUCUGUGUAAGUAUGCAUGGGCUAGCUGUGGUUGCUAUUCCUAUGACUGUACUUUGGACAUAAUUGCACACCCUUUGGACCUAAAUGUGUCGAUAAAUGAAGUGUUACUGCACUAUUAUCAAGGGAAAAUUACAUUGAUCACUUUUAUUGUAGAUAGCUUACUGUGAUUAAUAUCGUCUUUAUUUUGGUUCUCCGAGAGGUAAUUUCUUCUUUUUCUUGUAAGUAAUAUCUUGUGCUAAAUUUUAGUGACAUGACAAACAUUGCUGGCAUAGAAUAUUCAAAUGAAGAAAUCUUCAAAAUGCCAUGUGAUUUUUUAAGUGUCAAAAGUUAGCAAGAAAGUACUACUUUACAAUGUUGUUGAUAAAACCCAUACUGAAAAAUAUCUUUUGCUUUUUAUAUUAGUGUUUAGAUUUUGACAUUUCAAGACAUGUUGGAUAUCACUGAUGUCAUAUGCAUUGACUUGAGAAAAUGGUGAUAUAUAUUUGAAUGAUUAAGAACACCCUGCUUAUUAACUUAAUCUCUGUAAAAUUAUGAGUGAAAAUAACCAAAUACAAUCAGUUCUUUUAGAUUCUAAUGAGAGUAUAGUUGGCAUCCAUUUUUCAACUUCUGAGAUUCCGCUGAUGACUGUGGUUGUGAUCGAUAGAUAUUAUGUCAUUAAUGAUUCCGUCAAAAAUUGGAAAAAGAGCGUCAUAACAAAAUUUGAGUGUGGCAUGUAAUGGAGACUGAUAUAUAUUACGAUUUAUGGCAAAUUUUAAGAAAGAGUGACAAACCAUUAUUCUGCUAGCCAGUCAAGUAUGUUUUACAUUUUUUAAUGCAUUUUGUGGUAUCAUUUGGACUUUCAUAUCAUUGAAAAGACAAUUUAUCAUAUUUUUACACUUGGCAAAUGGAAAUCGCAUAUCACUUCCCUCCAAUUUAUUGUGAAAUUUUUAUUAAACUAAGUUAUCAGUGUACCUAAGUCAUUGAUUUUUGCUUUUUAUUUUUUGGCAUUUCUAAACAUAGCACGAUAAAGUUCAACUCUAUCGAUAGCUUUAAAAUUAUACCAAAUUCAUUAAUGUAGCCUGGAAUAUAAUGUUACUCAGUGAUCGAAGAAAAUUAUUGCUAAGCAUUUUUGCUUAGUCAGUGAAGGGUGGGUGAGUGUCCUGGCACAGAUAGGUUUUGACCUACUCUAAAUCCUCAAAGGAUUAAGAUGGAACAACCUAGUGUGCUUUUAUGUAUUUUCAGGAUUAUUUGCAGAUAAUUUGGAUUUAAUGAAAAAAUAUAUAUGUGAGUAGGAUAAUCCACUAUGGCCUGGUAAUUCUUUCUCCAUUUAUGAGUGAAGUUAGAUAUAGUAUCAAAGCAUUGUUAGUCAGCAUCCAUUAAUGAUUCCUUUUGUAUCCCACUUGAUUUGUACAAUAAUGAAAAAUUACUGCCAUAUACCAUGAUGAAGCCCAUGUCUGUGUUCAGUGUGCCUGAAGAGGCCGUAGAAUGAUCUACAAAUCCUUACAUGUCCACCUUCGGUGCUUUUUUUCUUCAUGCUUCAUGAUGUAAAAACUAUUCAACCACAUUCAAGUAAAAUUUCUACUGUUAAGUCUCAUGAGUUAGAUGAUUAUAUGUCUUAUUUAAUGUGUAUAUCAUCACCAUUGUGUAUAAAGGAGACUGAAGUCAUUCAGCUCUCAAGUCCAUGUGAGAAACUUCUAUUGACUGCGUAUGAACAAACUCCACAACCGACAGUGUGUGCGAUGUUGCAACACUUUAGUAUAUUUUAUAAAGUUGUAAGUGAAAAUUUAGGGUUUGCCAAACUGGAGAUAUUUAAAAGUUAUAAUCACUAUGUGAUGUGAAGCCAGACCUAUGUUGCCUCAGUGAAGUGUUGUCACUUUACAUUAUGCCGUAGCAAUGCGUGGUCACUGCAUUGCAUAUUUAUUCAGUGGAGAUAAGCAAUCCAAAGAGCAACCUUUCGAUUGCUCAGUUGUGGCUAUUCCUUUCCCUCAUUUUCAAGGUUUUGAAUGCUUCCCCUUUUUACAUUUUUCUUGAUACCUCAUAUUUUUCCAUUUUUUUAUGAGGAUGGAUAGGAUAUCUGUGGUGUAUAUUUGUUAGCACUCAUAUUUUUUAAGAAAAAUGUUUUGACAGCUACGCUGAUUCCCAGGUUCCUUUAACCUUUCAUCUGCAGAUGAUAGGUCUUUGUUUAUAUUACAGUGUCUAUUCUCACCAGAAUAAAUUUCCUUUCCACCUUUUGAUGACUUAUUAAUGCUAAGUUUGCUUUCUUUGAGGUUCAUAAGAAGUUCUUUUCAUGUACAUAUCAGGUGCUGAUCAUUUUUAUCAGUAACCCCUUCAUUAUGGAAUUAAAUUAUUAUUGAUUUUCAUUUUUAAUUUAGCUCUGAGACUAUGGCAUCUGGUCUUUCCCCUUGCAUGGGUACUAGGGACAUGGGAGGUCAGAUGAGCUUAAACAAGUCAUUGUGCUAACUGCCAACACCCAUAGGUAUCAAACAAUUCUCUGGGGUGCUAGCCACAGUCCAGCAGAUUCUCCCAUUGCAGUGGUUUCUCAUUUCAGUGAUUGUAUAUAAUGGGGGAACUUGUAGCAUCUCACAUUUUCCAUGUUUGCGCAGGAACCAAUAGUGGUAGUAAAAAUAAAGUGGCUAUGUUUGUCACCUGGCAGCCAUAGAUAAGCACCUUUGUUUAUAUGGGAAUAAUGGAGGAAAAGGCUCUAUAUUUCGUUGUCCCAACUGAUAAUACAAAUUAAAUCUACGCUGGAAGUAUGAUUGAUCUUCAGUAGCAUUUUUUUUUAAUCAUUUACAUUAGGGUGGGCCUAGGGCACAUAGGCAGCUGUCCUAAAGCCAUAUCCACAGAAAUAUGGCAAAUUCCCAUCAAAUGUAACAUGAAAUGGUAAAAUGAUUUAUGAAAUGGGUAGUGAAAAGUGUAAUUCUCUGUUAAUUGCAGUAAGUGCUGUUCUUGAAGAUAAAAGCAUGUGGUAGAAAAUUUCAGCUGAUAGGCGCAUUUGCUGGUGCCAAGACAUCACAGGAUUCUACAAGAAACCACCUGUGUGACAUCAUCAGACUUUCAUUAUGUGUAGUAUUAUCACAGACACACACACAAAACCCCUUAGAUCUGUGACAUGUGAGUGAGGAACUUAUUGCCAGCUAAGGAGUGAUAUUCACACUGAAAAACCAGUUUGGUUAAGUUCAGGUGCCUGGAGUUUUUUAGUAAUGUUAUGGUGUAAUACAGUAUUAGUUUUAUUUUUUAUUUCCUAUUGCUUGUAAAACUAACAUAGCAGCAGUUGUACCAAUGGAUAGUUUCCUGCAAAUGUCUUGCUUUAAAAACAUAAUUGCAAAUUUGUUUUUUUUUUUAUAAUGUAUUUCUCAAAUAUCAUUUGUAAAUUUACAAAUGGGACAACUAUUUAUCUUGGUCAAGUUUUUCUGAACUCAGUACCUUUGAUAAUUCAGUGCAGGAAUUUUAAUAGUACUUGUGAAAUUAAAUUGAAAGUUUAUGUACAUCAAAAAAUUUAUGUACACUUAACAAUAGAGAGCUUGUAAUUUAGCUAGCUGAAAGGAAUGUUCAUCUCUCCAAUAUUGAAGGGAGAAGGUGGUUAUAGUCAGGAUUAGUGGCUUUGUGUCAAAAGUAAGAUGACUGAACAAAUUUGGGUCUUACAUGAGUUUCUGAACAAAUCCUUUUAAACAUGGUUCUUGUUGCCUUAGUUCUUUUUAUGUAGUGUAAUUUGCUAUGUGGGACUGAAGUAAUCGUUUGUUAUUUAUGGAUUUCAUUUGUUAAUGACAUGUCAUGAUGUUCCUCUUUACCAAGCUUCCAGGUUAGUUCUUAUUAGACAGGUUAGCUUUUAGUUCUGUAGUUUUAAAUCUAGUCAAGUAACAAGUGCUUUGCUUACAUACAAAAGGUCCUCGGAUUUAUCAUGAACUGGUGUGCUCCUUUUUAACUGGGCUGUUGUAGUCGAUUUAUAACAAAGAAUCGUUUAGUUAUACACAACAUUGUACUCUCACAUCUUUGGUUUUAUAUACAAUUGUGCUAUUUGCUAAAAUCAGUCCUCAUCUUACCUUAAGUUGCAAGAUCAUAUGCAAGAAUCCUCUGCAGUUACCUUUCUGCAUUACUUUUAUAGUGAAUUUCUGUCACUAUAGUGCACUUUCUGGUUGUUAGAUUUUUCGGGCAUUUAAUUUUGAAUUUACAUUGGCUUAAGGUGUGCAAUAAGGAACACAUUUUUAAGGUGUUCAAUUUUAGUGCACUCAUAAAUGUACAUAUGGCAAGAUUAAAAACCAUUGCCUUGCAACAACUCAAAGCUUCAAGGCGUGUUAUAAAGGCACAUUGUGCCCUGUGGUCUUACUUUUGUGUUAUUGCAGACAAUUUUAUUUAUUCAGUUGGCCUUUAUUUUCCCCAUUGUGAUCCAAAGACCCUGGUCAUACUUUUUUUUUUUCACAUUUUUUCCCUUUACAGGGUUACACAAAUUUUUCAUUUUCAUUCAAAAUCCCAUCUAUUCUGGAUUUUUCCUACUGGUCUACUUCCUAUAACAUCCAUCUCUGGUAUUGAAACUGCAUGUCAAAUUCCACAAAAAGUAAGUACGACAGUCUUAUUACCCAAGAGAGCACCUGAAUGCCUUUAAAUGAAGUCUCAGGCCAUAAUAAGGCAAUGGUUUAUCUAUGAUACAUUACAUUUUAAAACAUUACUUUUAAAAGUUGUAAUAUUAUUAGGAACUUAGUUCAAAUCUCCUGACUUGACAAGGCAUACUAGGUUAGCUCUAUGCACAAAUUAGCCUGUUGUCUCGGAAGGUGCUUGUCUCAGUAAAUUAUAUGAUGCCUGCAGGCCCCACAUUCCCUUGUGUGCAUCUUUUUGUUUUUUCUGUCACUUACUUGAUCUCUGCCAGGUAAGAUUUUAUCAUCUGGUGUCCAGUUUACAGAACAAACCUUCACCUCCCAACACAAAUUAAUCUUUACUAGUACAAUGAAGGCUCUGUUAGGAAUGUUAUGAUUUAUCAUGGCUUUGAAAACUUAUGCUUUACUUGCCUCUUCACGCAGAGAUGUAAAGUCUUGCCAUAAGACAAACUGUCUAUUAACAGGUAAUGGUAACUAAUUGUAAGUCAAUAAAAAGAAGCUUCACUUACUUCUGAAAAACAAUGGGAUUAUUUAUUUGUAAUAUACUGAUUUAGGAAGUACAUUACUGUGUAACGAGUUGUGAAAUUUUCUGCCUGUGUUGUUAAUUUUAGCCAUGAAUAUAAUAAUAGUGUGAUACUGAAGUGCCUGUAAAUAGUAAAGUGCCUGUAUAUUUUUAUGAAAUAUGUCCCCUGUUAUAGCAUACAAUCCUUUUCCAGUUAACGCUGCACCAUAUUAGCACUCCACCUUUACUGUUUGGUUUCCUUCUUUCAUGUAACUUGGUUUUAUAAUAAAAAGACUGAAUAAC